GCUGAGCCCCACCCCAGGGCAAGACCUGAAACCACACCAGGGCUGCAGUCACUCUUCCUCCUUCCUGGAGUGUCUGGCCCCAGCAGGUGUACCAUGGAGCUGGCCCUGCCUGCCAUCCUAUUUACCGUUUUUCCUGGAGUCUUUCUGGGGAGCGAGGUCCUUACAACGGACUCCUACAGCCUGUCUACCAAGAAGACAGACAAGAGUAGCAUUGACCUAGAUUCAGUGUGUGGACGUCCCAGGGCAUCCAGCCGCAUCGUGUCAGGACAGGAUGCCCGGCCGGGCCAGUGGCCCUGGCAGGUCAGCGUGAGGGAGGAUCGGGUGCACGUGUGCGGGGGAUCUCUGAUUGCUGAAGAUUGGGUGUUGACUGCUGCCCACUGCUUCAACCAGGACCAGCCCCUGUCUGUCUACACAGUACUGCUGGGUACCAUCUCCUCCUACCCUGAGGACAAUGAGAUGAUGGAGCUGAGAGCCGUGGCCCGGUGUAUCAAGCACCCAAGCUAUUCAGCAGAUGAGCACAGUAGUGGAGACAUUGCCCUGGUGCAGCUGGCUUCACCCAUCUCCUUCAAUGACUACAUGCUUCCAGUCUGCCUGCCGAAACCUGGAGACCCCCUGGAUGCCGGCACCAUGUGUUGGGUCACUGGCUGGGGGUACAUUGACACAAAUAAACAGCUCCCACCACCCUUUACCCUGCAGGAGUUGCAGGUGCCUCUUAUUGAUGCCCAGACCUGCGAUACCUACUACCAUGAUAACUCCAUUCCCAGCAUGGAGCCGGUCAUCCUUGAAGACAUGCUGUGUGCUGGUUUCGAGGAAGGCAAGAAGGAUGCUUGUAAUGGUGAUUCUGGAGGUCCCCUGGUCUGUGACAUUAAUGAUGUCUGGGUCCAGGCAGGGGUGGUGAGUUGGGGAUCUGACUGUGCUCUGUUUAAGAAGCCGGGCGUUUACACCAACGUCAGCGUCUACAUCUCAUGGAUUCAGAACACGAUGUGGAACUUAGCCACAGAAGGAAAGAGUUUCUCCCCCAGCCUUUCAAGGACCCCACUCUCGGGCCUGUUGCUGUUUCUCACGUCCCUCAGUGGUGCUUUCUUCCUCCUGGGGCCCUAACCCGCAACCUCAGCACCUGUAUCCAGAACUGUUACCCUCGAUAUGCUUCCAGGUUAGCACGGCUUCUCUCACAGACCCUCUUCCUGUGCCCUCCUUGCACAGCCACCUGCAGACAAGCACACCACCCAUGCUCUGUCCUUUAGGGACCCUCUCCUCACCUCCACAGAAGCCUCCUAACUCCUACAUCAUUAAGACCCUUGGGAUCAUCAGCUAAACUCUGCUCUCCUGGCCCCAUAGACCCCUCUCACACCCUUGGGGUCUGUGGGUUUUCAGGGGCAGAGGGCAAGAGUCUUUCUUGCCUCUCACUCCUGGGUGGAGCACAGGCUGCAGCCACCUUUCAGGGUACCCUUUUGGUGGCUUCUGUGACUGGGCAAGUCUUUCUAUAGUGUAUCUGUGUCCGGAACAAUAAAGACUGGAUCCAGUAGUGCACACUUUC